AAAGUGACAUAUGAUUUCGUACCGAAACAAACCGCUCGAGUAAAAUAAAAAUACGCAAGAGAGAGGUUCGGCGCGCGCGCUGGUGAUGAGUGCGGCUGUGGUCGUUGACGGUGUCAGUCAGUCGCUCCGUCAGUGAGCCUCUGUGGCUGCGGGUGGUUAAGGCUCCGCCGUGGAUCGUGUUCAGUCCCCGCCCCGCCCCUCUGGCCAAUCCCUCUCUCUCGCAUCUCCUCUCUUCACCAUUUAUAAAACCGGCCGCCGGAGACUCGGCGCUUCAAACUCGGAGACUUUGCGCGAGGCGACUGGACGCGGGCUCGGCACGCGGAGGCCAAGGAGCGCCUUCCUUCUCGGAGAAGCCGCCGUUCUGUGACGCACAUCACAUGCCCCGCGGGAGAGGCGCCGCGCGCCCCUCUGCACUGACUCUCACUCUGCCCUUCCGUUCUCGGCUACAAACACGCUGCGAAAAUUACUACCGAAGCGGCGGAGGAACUUCGUACAAAGUUUUCGACGGUGCUUUUUUUUUCUGCUGGGGCAACUGAAGUCCGCAGCUUGUUCCGCGCUGACUUCGCGCCGUUUUAUUUCGCGCUGCAGCUGUCGAGCGCCGCCGCCUCGUAUGAAUCUCCUCGACCCCUUUCUGAAGAUGACGGACGAGCAUGACAAGUGUCUCUCUGACGCCCCGAGCCCGAGCAUGUCCGAGGAUUCCGCCGGGUCCCCCUGCCCGUCCGCCUCGGGCUCCGGCUCCGACACCGAGAACACGAGACCCGCGGAGAACCGCGCCGCCGCCUCGGACGGGGUGCUGGGCGACUACAAGAAGGACGAGGAGGACAAGUUCCCGGUGUGCAUCCGCGACGCCGUGUCCCAGGUGCUCAAAGGCUACGACUGGACCCUGGUGCCCAUGCCCGUCCGCGUGAACGGGGGCAACAAGAGCAAGCCGCACGUGAAGAGACCCAUGAACGCGUUCAUGGUGUGGGCGCAGGCGGCGCGCAGGAAGCUGGCGGACCAGUAUCCGCACCUGCACAACGCCGAGCUCAGCAAGACCCUGGGCAAACUGUGGCGGCUGCUCAACGAAGGGGAGAAGCGUCCUUUCGUGGAGGAGGCCGAGCGCCUCCGGGUGCAGCACAAGAAGGACCACCCCGACUACAAGUACCAGCCGCGGCGGAGGAAGUCCGUGAAAAACGGCCCGAACGAGGCGGAAGACGGCGAACAGACCCACAUCUCCCCGAACGCAAUCUUCAAGGCCCUGCAGGCGGACUCCCCCACCUCCAGCAUGGGGGACGUGCACUCCCCGGGGGAGCACUCUGGCCAGUCCCAGGGCCCUCCCACACCUCCUACUACCCCCAAGACAGAUGUUCCAGCUGCCAAAGCAGACCUGAAGCGCGAGGCACGCCCCCUGCAGGAAGGCACAGGCAGGCAACUCAACAUCGACUUCCGAGAUGUGGAUAUUGGGGAGCUGAGCACCGAUGUCAUCGAGGCCUUUGAUGUCAACGAAUUUGACCAGUACUUGCCUCCCCAUGGCCACCCAGGGAUGCCUCUUGCCAGUUCAGGCCACGGGCAGGGUGCGCCAGUCACCUACACAGGCAGCUAUGGCAUCAGCAGCGCCCCGGUGGCCCAGGCAGCUGGCACCAACGGGCACAGCUGGAUGCCCAAGCAGCAGCCGCAACCGCAGCAGCAGCCGCAACCGCAGCAUUCGUUGCCGGCCCUCACCGGGGACCAGAACCAGGCCCAGCAGAGGGCCCCGCACAUCAAGACGGAGCAGCUCAGCCCUAGCCACUACAGCGAGCAGCAGGGCUCCCCCCAGCACGUCAGUUACGGCUCCUUCAGCCUGCAGCACUACAACAGCCCCUCCUACCCUGGCGUCGCACGCACGCAGUACGAGUACUCCGACCACCAGGGCGGCGCCGCCUCUUACUACGGCCACACGGGCAGCCAGGGUUCCAGCCUCUACUCCAACUUCGGCUACAUGAGUCCCGUCCAGAGACCCAUGUACACACCCAUCGCUGACACUGCCGGGGUGCCCUCCGUCCCCCAGACGCACAGUCCGCAGCACUGGGAGCAGCCCGUCUACACGCAGCUGUCGAGGCCCUAAGGCAGAGCCUGGUUCGGGGACUGAUCCCGGGCGGAGACGCUCGCUGCCCACCAUGGCACCAUGUCUCGCGAGUCAUCGCUGAUGGAGAAGCAGCGAAAAGCUGGACUUUCAGUGUAUCAAAGUGGCUAACACAGUGCCUUUUUAUGCUUUGAGUCCUGAUUAUAUUUUUUUAGAUAUGAUUAAAAAAAAAAAAACUUUUGAAAGAAAUCCUCUGUGAGGACUGAUUUUAAGUAUAAAUAUUUUAGUAUGUACUGUGUAUGUUUUACAGCGUUUGUGAUCUUGUUUUUCGGGCAAUCGUAUGUACGUGUAGAAAGAAACAAGCUCUUAUUUUCUCUAAAUCAACUCUACGUGAAGUGCUUUGUGCCCUUAUUUCUUCACUGACAUAUUUUUGUUCACACAGUAAAUAUUUCCUGCCUUCUCUGCAAUGUAUUUUAUCUCAGUUUUUUUGUGUCUCUUGUCAUCGGUUACUUGCUAGAAAGUGUGUGACUUGAGAAUAGCCUACAUAUCCAAUGACUUCAGUUUGUGCGCCACCUUUUCAAUGAGAGUCAACCAUAGAAGCCAAUGUUUAAAAAAAGGGGGGGGGGAUGCUUUCUGUUGUAUCCGUUUCAAAAGCUCUUUGGAACACUGUUACCGGUGGCCUACAGUUCCGCACCCAAGGGCCUCCUGGAGCGAUUUGAUGCAGCCGAGCAAUUUCUUAGCCCGGUGAGCGUUCGGACCACGAGGACACCAUGUAGCCUUCUGUGCCUUCAGUGCCUGUGGAGCAGGAGCCGCUGACCCCAAACAGCUCGGCCCCGGGGCCGUGCAGCUGCCUUCCAUCUGACAGUGUUUUCCCAGCAGCUUCGGGAAGGAGACUGUUGAGCAAGGAGUUCCUUAGUGGGUCUCAAUCCCUUUUAAUGUUGUCUUUUGUCACGCUGUUCCCCUGUCAUAACCUUUUAAUUUAUUUGUUAGCAUUAAUUUUAUUUGAAAGUAACUGUUUUGCAUUUCUAGUCCUUAAUUGAGUUGUAUACAACUAAUUAAAAUGAGAAAAAGUUACCAUCAGAAAUAUAAAGCAACAUAUUAGUUUUUUUUUUUUUUUUUUUUUAUUUUAAAAAGUCUAAAGGUACCACUUGUCCAAGUAGUGGUACGAAAUGUAACCAUCUUAUUUAUCAUUUGCAAAUGUUUCUUUUCGUUACCUAGUUGUAUGCAGAUUAUUUUUAAUGAAAACUUGAUUUGAUAUUUUUAAAAGAACUGGAAGUCUUUCAUUCUAACAAACAUGAACAAUGUUUUUGAGGCUAUGGCUGCAUUGUUUUAAAAAAAAAAAAAAAACUUUCUUUAUGGAAUUACCAGCAUAUUUUUUAUUUAAAAGAAAAUUUCUUAUUCUGUUUUACAUGUUAGUUCAGAGGUUGGCAAUUUGUUAAUGCAACUGAACAAAUCUUUUGUUUUCGUAGGUGAAACAUGUUAUUGUCUUUACAGAAGCUUAUCUUUUGUAUGAUAUUGUUUGCAAUAAACAGAAAAUGUGUUUAAAAUAA